AAUCGGACUUCGUCGUCGUGGCCACACCACACCAAAAUCCCCAGCUCUCCCCACUCCCCGCCGGCCGCCGCCGCCACCAUGCUCCGCCUCCAAAAACAUGUCCACCCCCUCCACCGCUCCACCUCCCCCAUACACCUCUCCCUCCGGCGCGCCCUCCUAUCCAUCGCCGCCGCGGCCUCCUCCUCCCCGAGCCUCUUCGCCGCGGAGGACUACCUCGUCAGCACCUGCGGCCUCACCCGGGAGGAAGCAGCAAAGGCAGCCGAAUGCUUCUCCCACCGGAAAUCCCCCAUCAACGCCGACGCCGUGCUCGCCUUCCUCACCGGCCCGGCGCUCGGCCUCUCCAAGGCUGACGUUGCGCUCCUUGUGACCAAAGACCCGCGCAUCCUUAACAGUAGCGUCGACAACAACCUGCGGGUCCGCUUGGACGGCUUCCGCAGCCACGGCUUCUCCACCGCGCAGAUCCGCAGCUUCGUCCGUGUCGCCCCCUACGCCUUCCGCACCUUCAACAUCGACGAGAAGCUCGGCUUCUGGAUGUCUUUCUUUGGCUCGCCCGACAAGUUCCUCCGCAUCAUCAGGCGUAACAACCACCUCGUCUUCUCCGACCUCGACAAGGUGGUCAAGGCCAACAUCAGGCUGCUUCAGGUGCGCGGGUUUUCUGUUCAGGACAUUGACAGUAUGUGCGUGACCAACCCGAGGCUGCUCACCUGCAAGCCGGACGUCACCAGGGCCGUCCUCAUGCGCGCCGACGAGCUCGGCGUGCCGCGCAACUCGCUUAUGUUCAGGCAGGCGGUGAACACCGCAGCGGGCCUCAGCCCGAAGACGAUGGCCUCUAAGCUCAAGGUGAUACGCAAGACGCUCGGGUGCUCCGAUGCUGAGGUUGCCACAAUAGUGCAAAUGAACCCGCAGGUGCUGAUGACGUCCAGCGAUAAGCUUCAGCGUGUGUACGAGUUCUUGACCAAGGUGGUUGGAGUUGAUUCCAAGUACAUCCAGGGCAGGCCCACGAUCCUGAUGUACAGCCUGGAGCGCCGCCUAGCACCCCGGAAUUACGUGAUCAAGGCGCUCCAGGAGAAAGGAUUGAUCCGGAAAGAUUUGAGCUUCUACACGAUGGUUACAGUUGGUGAGAAGACGUUCUGCUCCAGGUAUAUACAUCCUUAUAAGGAUGUUCUUCCUGGCCUUGCCAGUUCAUAUGCAUCGGCUUGCAAAGGGAAAAUACCCACCUGAUGCUUGUUAUUAAGGAUUACGCUCCUUUGUUCCAAUGCUUUGAAUCUUCACUGACAAACUGUCUAUCCUGGCUGUAAUUGUGUUUAAUUCUUAGCACAUUCAGAUACCCUGAUGUGCACUCUGCAACUCUUUACUUGGCCACUAGCAUCAGAAGUGCUGAAACUGUUAACCUUACUAACUUAUGAUGAGCCAAGCAUUAUGCUUUUUUUUUUUGGUUGCUCUACCUAGGUUCUGAUUCUGAAAUGAA